CUCUGCUUGCGCCCUCUGCAUUUGUAGCGGCGCGUCCGUCCGGUGCGGGCCCGCGGCAUGGCCGGGCCGCGGCUGCUGCCGCCGGGGCUCCCGGUGCUGCUGCUGCUGCUGCUGCUGCCGGUGCCGGUGCUGCCGUUCCCGCCAGGCAACGCCGCCCCGUCCCCCUGCCGCCCGGACGAGUUCCGCUGCGCGCCCGACGCCCCCUGCUUCCACCGCGACUGGCGCUGUGACGGCCACCCCGACUGUGACGACGGCGGGGACGAGUGGGGCUGCGGGACCGCGACCGCCGCGGAGCCGAGUCCCAGCGGCCCCGCGGUGACCCCGCCGAGGAGCUCGGCGGUGCCGCCCACCGGCAGCGCAGAGGCUUCAGCUACGCCUGAGCCUGAGGUCUCUGUGCCAUCGAGGAGUCAAGGUUACACAUGGAUCUUGAUUGCUGCAGGGUCACUGCUCAUCUCUGGCUGUUGGCUCAUGGUGUUGAGCAGCAGAGCCCAGUCCCAAUGCCCAGACCAGGGCAGUGAGUGGGUCUCUGCUUGUGCACUCUCCUCUCCAGGGCUCCUGAGCAUCCUGGUAGCUGCAGGUUCUGUUGCUGUGUGGCGUCUGUCCAAAGUAAAACACCGAUCUGACAUCUUCAGUCUUGAAAAAGCAGCCAGGGAACAGCUGAUGCCUGACCAGAGUCAAAAAGGCUCCUCGCCCUGAAAGUUAAGUAUUUUGCAUCCCAUGUGCUCCAUGUGCCUGAGGGAGAAAUUCCUUCUUGCCCUGUGUUUCUGGCUUCUAGAGCUUUCCCCUUUGGGGUUAGGUUUUCCCAGUGCUGGGGUUUGACACUGGCUAAGUGCCAGGCACCCACAAAAAACUAUCUAUAGCAGAGGAGGGGGAAUUGAAAACUUCAUGAGUUAAGGAUAAGGGGAAAAACACUUUAAGAUGAAACAGGUUCAAAACUUAAACAGUAUAAAGAACAUUUAUUAACAGAGUUAAAAGUAAAAAGGGUAAUGAGAACUAAAAUAAACCUUUAGAACACCUUUUCUUCCCAGUCCCUUUCUCUUUCCCACUGACCACGCAAGGAGACAAAACACGGGAUUUUGGUCAGUCUUUCACUUCUUAAAAAUCUUUCUUCAGUACACUUAAGGAAAAAAGUUUCUUUCUUCUGCUGUGCCGUGGGAUCCUUCCCACAGGAGACAGUUCUCUGCAAACUUUUCCAGUGUGGUUUUAACUUUCACAAGCAGCAGCCCGGCCGAUGUGCUGUAAUGUGAGUCCCUCCCACGGCCAAGCAGUCUUCCCACAACUGCCUAGCGUGGGUCAUUUUAGUUCAUGGGGUUUAAGUCUUUUAAGGAUGAGCUGUUCUAGGCUGGAAGCAAGGGUUCUCUAUCUGUGGAAGCAAGGGUCCUCCCUCUCUCUGUUCGAGUUCCUCACUAGAUUACAGCUUUUCAGUAUCCACACGUUCCAGCGUGAGCACUGUUCCUUCACGGGCUGCAUGUGGGUAUCUGCACCCCCCAGGCACCUCCUGAAUUACAGGGAAACAGUUUGUUGUGUUACAGUCCUCACCACAGCUUGCAGAAGAAUUUCAGCUCUGGCACUUGGAGCACUUCUUCCCUCUCCUUCACUGACCUCGGUGUCACCAUGUUGGUUCUCCUCACGUGUCCUCACUUUUCCUUUUUCUCUGACUUGGAAGAAGGUUGGUGUCUGUAGGUUUGUUUGUUCUCAAGUUCCAGCAGUUGAAAAGUUCUUAGAGAGCUUUGCUGCACUUGAAAGGUUGAUCCUGCCCGGGCUCUGCACCGGGGAACGUUGGCCAUGCUUUCAUUGCUGGCCACGCCGUCUCUGCGGCACCGCACGGGCGGCCCCGGCCUCGGCAGGGCCCCGGCUGCACCAGGAUGGCCCUCGGGGGCCGCCUCACCACCCCUCGGGAGAAGAAAGAGAACUGCCCGUGCUUUUUGCCUUUCUUAAAUAUGUCAUCACAGAGGUGUUACCAGCUUCUCUAACUGGGCUGGUAACCUGCCCAUCGUCAGAGCCCUCAGCAAUUAUCUCUGUGCCAGACAGAGUAGAAGCUUCGAGCAGCUCCUCCCGCCCACUAAAACCAGGCUGUGUUAAACCAACAAACCCAGGUUCCCUGAUGCUUGCCAACUGGGUGCAUGGGGUUUCAGUCUGCCCUGAAGCAGCAGAACUCUCCCCUUUCCUCCCUGCUGCCAAGGACAUGGAGCAGUCCUGCUAAGAUACUGAUCUUCUGGUGUGGGAUUUUUUCCUCCACUUUGUGUAAACUGAAGUCAAACCAGGUUUCUUCCCAAAGGACUGUCAAUAACCAGGUGUUUUUCUGGCUUUGUAACAGGGGUGCUUAUGCCAAGGUGAUAACGUGGGACUAGCCUGAUCUGUCUCCUCCUCACCACAGAGCCUGACUGAAUUGGACAUCAGCUCUCAAAUCUGACUUGCUACACUGGAAUACUGACAGGAGGCUCCCUUUGUAAAUGGGUCUUAGAUUGUGGAACUACCUUGGCUCCAGAAAUAGCACAGAACCUUCCCUGGCACUGUGAUAACAGCCUCCCAAAGGUGGUAGAAAUGGCUUCAUUGUUCUGCCUGACAGUCGUUAAAGCUAAUGCCCACCAGUGUGGCCUUGGACCCGAAGAUGUUUUUGUCCUUGAAAUGCCAGGUGCUGUUGAACCGUCUCCUUCUACUUCCAGCCAGGAGCCUUUUUUCACCUGCUUCAUUCUUCCCCCUGGAUUUUGUCAGGGAACAGGAGCUUUCUCACCCAUUUCUGUAGGCGCUCACACUGGCUGCACAGAUCAGACAGAUACUCCAUGUUUGCACUACUGUUUGAUGCUGCUCAGUCCCGUGCACGGGAGGCUUUUACUGACAGUGCCACCAUAGGGGUGACGGUUGCUCUGGCUUUGCUGUGCUGUCUUCCAAGCCCACGUAGGGCAAGGAGCUCCUUGGCCCUGGGCAAGCAGCUCCUCUCACACUCCUUUCCACAAACAUCUCCACCCUUGGCAGACCUGCUCUGCCCACCCCAGUGCCGAAUGCUGCAUGGGACUCCUCUUAACACUCUUAAUGGUGUCUUCCUUAAAACUGUUCUGACAUGAGUGGUGUCCCUCGAGGGUCCAUACUGGGACCAGUGCUAUCCCAUGUUUUCGUCCGUGGUGUGUAGAGUGGGAACAAGUGGACCCUCAGCCAGUCUGAGGAUGAGACCAGGCUGAGGUGUGCAGUUGGGGAGGGGGAUGUCAUCCAGAGGGACCUUCAGACCCAUGGGAACCUCAUGAACUUCAAUAAGGUUAAGUGCAAGGUCCUGCACCUUUAUAAGGGCAAACCCUGGAGAAGAGAUGGCUCCAGGGAGCCUUGUUGUGUCUUGUCCAUGUCUAAAGGGGGAUUGAAAGAAAGAUGGAGAGGGGCUUUUCACCAAGGCCUGUAAGGCAAGAGGCAACAGUUACAAACUGGCAGAGGGUGGGCUUAGGUAGGACAUGAAGGAGGGUUUUAUGGUGAGAGUGGUGAGGCCCUGGCACAGGCUGUCCAGAGCAGCUGUGACUGCUCCAUCCCUGGGACCCAGCUGGACAGGGCUCCGAGCAUCUUGGUCUAGUGAAGGUGUCCCUGGAAAUAAGUCAUGUCUUGGGUCAGACACUGUGUGGCACGUGGAGCCCCAGCCAGAGGACUCAGUGCUGUGCACCUCUCAGAGCUGCCUGUGCAGGGGCAGAUUAGUGCCCAGUGCCUCUGGUUUGCCACGUGUACCUUGCACAAGUGUUCACUAAGUGCACCAAGCUGCUGCCUUGGCUGCUGCCCUCUGUGCCUUGAAGGUGGGAACUUGGCUUGCCAAGCAGACACCAGUCAUUAGCCUUGGAGUAGGAGUCUUCCGCUCCUGGACAGUGUGUGAGCGCUGCCAUACCCCACAGGAGAAACUUCUAUAUGUGGUCUGGAGUCCUGAGUUAUUCCAGGGCUGCUAUUUUUAGUAUCAAGGAGCCAUUUGCAAAGACACACACAAUCUUCUGUUUCCACAGGGACAGGCAGAGAAAGCUGUGGUGACUGACACAGGAGAAUAAAGAAUGUGAAAUUAA